AUGGCGCAGGAGUACAAGUCUCGAUUAGUCGCAUUGGACCCCAGUGUCAAUUAUCUCAUGACGCUCUAUCUGCACCCUUCAAUCACCCCAGACGUUGUACGCGAGGCCAAGAAGGCAGGCAUCGUUGGCAUCAAGAGCUAUCCUGCCGGCGUCACGACCAACAGUGCCUCGGGCGUCUUAGACUACGAGAUGUUCUAUCCCGUGUUCGAGGCUAUGCAAGAGGAAGGCCUCGUCCUCAACCUCCACGGCGAGUGCCCUAGUGACCAAAAGGAAAUUACUAUCCUCAACGCCGAGUCCAAGUUUCUUCCAACCCUCAAGAGCUUGAACGAGCGAUUUCCACGCCUGAAGAUUGUUUUGGAGCACUGUACUACUGCGGAUGCCGUGAAAACUGUCGAGGCCUGUGGUCCUACUGUAGUCGGUACUAUCACGGCUCACCACCUGUUCUUGAUCAUCGAUGAUUGGGCUGGCGAUGUUUUCUGUUAUUGCAAGCCAGUUGCUAAGCUACCAAUUGACCGUAAUGCCCUCCUCAACGCUGUUGUGCGCAGCAAGGGCAAGUUUUUCCUCGGAACAGAUUCCGCGCCACACCCACUGGAAGCCAAGAAGGGCCUAAAGUCUAACACAGCUGCCGGAGUCUUCACUCAGCCGUACUGUGUUCCUUACGUUCUCACUGCUCUUGAGGACGCUGUCAAGCGGGGAGACAUUGAGGAGGAGGCUAUCACUCAAGAGCUGCUAGAAGGUUUCCUCGGGGGCUACGGUCGGAAAUUCUACGGAAUUGAGUCCACAAACGAGAAGAUCCGGGUCAGUAAAGGCAACGAGGUUAUUGUUGACUCGAUAAAAGGCGACGGUCUAGAGGUGGUACCCUUCAGGAAUGCAAAGAUGCUGUGCUAUCAGGGGCUCACCAUUGCCUGCGAUCCAUUGCUGAUGAGCAAUAGUGAGAUGCUCGUCCUAGUUGAGUUUGGCUCCCUGCUCGGGUUCCUCAUCCUCCUGAUCGUUAUCAUGGGGAUCCAAGGAUCCCAGUAG